AAAAAUGGGUUAGGGUGCAUCAGUGUGUAGCGUUCUAGGAGUCCUGAGGGCGGGGCGGGGACCCGGCGGGUCGCUGAGGUGGGGGUUGGUAGAGGACGCUUCCCGAGGGCGCGCGGAGCGGAGCCGGUGACAGACACGCACGCGCGUGUGCGCUCCCAACUACUGCGCGGCCCCGCGACCCCCGUGGGUCGCUGAGAGGCCCGGCGUCGGCGCCACUGCCGUCUAGGAUUUCUGUCUAAGAGGCGUCCCCGGCGUCCCCAGCCCGAAUCUCCAAGCUCCGGGCCGCGCCCGCUCUUGCCGGCGUCCCGUACCCCCAGCGUCAGAGCCAGAGCCGGGUCCUCGCGGCCCAUGCUGGCCGCUGGGGACCCAGGCAGCCUAGGUCUGUCUCCUGCCGGCCAGCCGGCCACCAUGGUGGCCCUGAGGCCUGUGCAGCUACUCCAGGGGGGCUAAGAGACCCAGAACGCGGGCCUAGGGGUAAGGGGGUCCCAGGCCAGUACCCCGCGCCAUGGCCGGAGCCAUCGCUUCCCGCAUGAGCUUCAGCUCACUCAAGAGGAAGCAGCCCAAGACAUUCACGGUGCGGAUCGUCACCAUGGAUGCCGAGAUGGAGUUCAACUGCGAGAUGAAGUGGAAAGGGAAGGACCUGUUUGAUUUGGUAUGCCGGACGCUGGGGCUUCGGGAGACCUGGUUCUUUGGACUGCAGUAUACAAUCAAGGACACGGUGGCCUGGCUCAAAAUGGACAAGAAGGUGUUGGAUCACGAUGUUUCGAAGGAAGAACCAGUUACCUUUCAUUUCCUGGCCAAAUUUUAUCCUGAAAAUGCUGAGGAGGAGCUAGUCCAGGAGAUCACGCAGCACUUAUUUUUCUUACAGGUGAAGAAGCAGAUUUUGGAUGAAAAGGUCUAUUGCCCUCCUGAGGCGUCCGUGCUCUUGGCGUCAUAUGCUGUUCAGGCCAAGUAUGGCGACUAUGACCCCUCUGUGCACAAGCGAGGAUUUUUAGCCCAAGAGGAAUUGCUUCCGAAAAGGGUGAUAAAUCUCUAUCAGAUGACUCCGGAAAUGUGGGAGGAGAGAAUUACUGCUUGGUAUGCGGAGCACCGGGGCAGAGCCAGGGAUGAAGCUGAAAUGGAGUAUUUGAAGAUAGCUCAGGACUUGGAGAUGUAUGGCGUGAACUACUUUACAAUCCGGCACUCAGGAGGCAGAAGCAGGCGGAUCUCUGUGAGUUCGAAUGUGAGUUUGAAGCCAGCCUGGUCUACAGAGUUGAGUUCUAGGACAACCAGGACUACACAGAAAAAACUCUCCAAAACCAAAACAGAAUUUCUUGCAAAUUUAUUUUACUUAGAGGAAGAAGAAAAGUAUAAUAAAAAGGGCACAGAGUUGCUGCUUGGAGUGGAUGCUCUGGGCCUUCACAUCUACGACCCUGAGAACAGGCUGACCCCCAAGAUCUCCUUCCCGUGGAAUGAAAUCCGAAACAUCUCCUACAGCGACAAGGAGUUUACUAUUAAACCACUGGAUAAGAAAAUUGAUGUCUUUAAAUUUAACUCUUCAAAGCUUCGUGUUAAUAAGCUGAUUCUUCAGCUGUGUAUUGGGAACCAUGACCUAUUUAUGAGGAGAAGGAAAGCUGACUCUUUAGAAGUUCAGCAGAUGAAAGCCCAGGCCAGGGAAGAGAAGGCAAGAAAACAGAUGGAGCGGCAGCGGCUGGCUCGAGAAAAGCAGAUGCGGGAGGAGGCCGAGCGCACGAGAGAUGAGUUAGAGAGGAGGCUCCUGCAGAUGAAAGAGGAAGCAACGAUGGCCAAUGAAGCUCUGAUGCGGUCUGAGGAAACAGCUGACCUGUUGGCUGAAAAGGCUCAGAUCACAGAAGAGGAGGCCAAGCUUCUGGCUCAAAAGGCUGCAGAGGCUGAGCAAGAGAUGCAGCGAAUCAAGGCCACAGCCAUUCGGACAGAGGAGGAGAAGCGCCUGAUGGAGCAGAAGGUGCUGGAGGCUGAAGUGCUGGCGUUGAAGAUGGCUGAGGAGUCAGAGAGGAGGGCCAAGGAGGCUGAUCAGUUAAAGCAAGACUUGCAGGAAGCCCGAGAAGCAGAGCGAAGAGCCAAGCAGAAGCUCUUAGAAAUCGCCACCAAGCCCACAUAUCCACCCAUGAACCCAAUCCCAGCACCACUGCCUCCUGACAUACCGAGCUUCGACAUUAUUGGUGACAGCUUGUCAUUCGACUUCAAGGACACGGACAUGAAGCGACUUUCCAUGGAGAUAGAGAAAGAGAAAGUGGAGUACAUGGAGAAGAGCAAGCAUCUGCAAGAACAACUCAAUGAACUCAAGACAGAAAUUGAGGCCUUGAAACUCAAAGAGAGGGAGACAGCCUUGGACAUCCUACACAGCGAGCACUCAGACAGAGGCGGCACCAGCAGCAAGCAUAACACCAUCAAAAAGCCUCAAGCCCAAGGCAGAAGACCUAUCUGCAUUUGAGUCCUCAAAGUAGGUUAUUCCCAGCUUACUCUGCAGAGCGCCAAGUCCCGUGUGGCCUUCUUUGAAGAACUCUAGGUGACCCGACCACCUCCUGCCACAUCUGCUGCUCCUGACACCAACGGGGUGGGCCUGACCCCAAAGGAAUCAUCAGUAGAGGGCUGGCUUGUUUGGGAACUCUGAGUAGAAGGCCUGAUCCCCUUUGGGUUCAGUUGUUUUUGAACUCUGACCCUGCAGAGAUUUCUCAAGGUGUUCUAGUUCUCCUAGCCUGCAUAUCUAUGUCUCUCCUCCCUCCUCCCUCCCCACUCCCCCUCCCCUCCCUCCUCCCCCUCACUUUCCUCUCUCCUCUCAGAAAUAUUUGUUGUGUGUGGGCUGCCAUUCUUCCUGCACCCUAGGCACUGUGGUGUAAGUGUCACUGUGCGUGCUGCUGACUUUGGUUUGAGAAGCGGCUGUGAGUCCUGUGUGGAGGCUGAAAUCUACCAUGCUGGUGCUACCCACUCCCUGACUGGGGUUCUGGGAUAGGCCUCCCCUCCACAGUAAGGACCUGACUAGAAGCAUGGACUGGCUUAGCUCAGAACCAGCAAUGCUGGCUCCUUAGCCAGGCUCACCUGAGGCAGUGUUAUAGCUGUCUGACUGGCAGGAAACAGGCAGAACAGCUGUGGCUAGGAAGAGACUUACGAUAAAAGCUGCUGGGGGACAGUGUGCACGUGAGUCCCUUCAGUCUUAGCCACCUCCCUGUGGUGGGCCAAGAGCUUCCUGGUCACAUUCCCAUGAGUGCCUGGGAACCCAGCUGUGACCAGGACUUCCAUCCAUCUCCUCCCACUCAGUAUAUGGAACCCCAGAGCCCUGCUGCCCAUCCAUCAUCUUCUAGUUCUCUCCAGUACCUAGGCCUUACUGUCAUUGUCCUCGUCUUCCCCUGGGGGCCCAGAGAUGUUCUUUUUGUCCCUCCUUCCCAGAACCUGACACAGGUAUCAGGCCACACAUAGCCAGCAAACUAACACUACUGCCUGCCUCCAUGCUGGGCAGCACGUAUAUCCCAUGUGGCUCGCACACUCCAUAGGCUGGGCCUAUCUUCUGUGUAACUGGGCUCACUGCUGUGGCCAGUCAGAGCCCAUUGAGUCCUGACAGCAGGUGCUAUGCCUCAGUCCACAGACAGAUGGACAUUAACUUAAGACAGUGAGGGGCUGAGCAGUGGAAUGGUCCACAGUACCGUUUUUGAGAAACUGAGGCACACUACCUUAUUCCCACUGGCUGGCUGUUAUUAGGCCACUUUGCCAUAGGCAGCCCGCCGAGUGUCACCUCAGCAUCUGUGAGCACCUGGGAUAGGACUCUAGUCUGGAACUUCAAGUUGAGAAGUCCUCAGGACUUGACACCUCAGCAUUUGCCAAGUCUUCUCUGACCUGAAACUCUUCUCUGACUUUCUUUCUGUACACUUGAUCUAACAGUGGCUGUGGGACACAGGACAGUGACGCUGGUUAUAAAAAUUAUACCAGGCCUUGUUUUUUUUUUUUUAUGCUUUAUAUUUCAAAUUUGAGAAAUGCCAAGUGACAUAGCCACACGGGAGCCCUGGUAUUUGAGGAGUGGUGGGUGUAACUUUCUUAAAAGGUGGAACCCACUCAGUCAGAGGUACCUCAGGUCCCCUCAAGAGAGAGAAUUGGAUCCCCAGAAUGUCUCCAGCCUGCUUUGAGCCUGUAGCUGGGUUCUUUCUGGUAGACAAUUUUAGAGUCAAAGAAAGACAUCUGAAGUCCACAGUGAGCUCCAACCCUGGCUAAUUCUAGUUUCAGUGGUUCUUGCAACAUGGGCAGGGGUACCUUGGUACUGAAACAGUAAGUCACCCUCAGUGCAGGACACUGAGGUCUUGCUGAUGGCCUGUGGCUGGUCACAUACCCUGACUGAGGUAAUAUCUGAGCCGCCACAGCACUCUGACCCCAGAUCACUGCCGAGCCUGGCUGGACAACACCAGCGGGCUUACCUAACACUACUUCAGUUACUGCUUUAUCAUCUUCAGACAGGUUUCUCACGCUCCUGUACUUUCAAAAAGCCCAGAGGCUGAUACCCAGCAACAGUAACUAACUGUUCUUGCCAACAGGGCCAAAGCCUCAAAGUCCCUAGUGCAAGCAGCCUUCACAGGGGACCCAGCCUCUUCUGGGUACCUUGAGGCCAAGCCAGGGCCCAUGGGCUUCCAUUCCUGUUUUCUUAUCAAACAGCUUUUCCUGGGAGGCCCAUUGUCGCUCCUGUCAGGGCCAAAACAUGAAGCUGUUUUUUGUUUGGGGUUGGGGGUGAUUAUAAUUUAAGUGAUUGUUUUAAUAAAAACUCUAAGCUGC